CGCGAGUGUGGGCCGAGUGACGCCGACGAACCAGCGACUCGACUCUGCUUCGGCGUUCGAACGUGAGGCUAUUUAAAACUGUGCGCAAGCCCCCUGGCGCCGAGUCGACGACUAAUGAUCAGUCCUGCCUUGUCUGUACCAGUCUGAGCCAGUGCGUAGCGACAUUGUGAACUGUGUUUAUACAAAAACGUUUCCCCGCCAGUGUUUGUUUAGUUUCGUCAAUUUUCACACUAUACACGAGUUGACAUGGCUGACAGUGGUCUGAAGAGGAAUAUUCCCAUCAAGCUUGGAGACUUCUCAGUUAUCGAUACGGAGUUCUCGAGCAUCAGGGAGAGGUUUGACGCCGAAAUGAGAAAAAUGGAGGAAGAGAUGAGCAAAUUCCGAUCAGAACUCAUGAACAGGGAAAGCAACAAUUUCUUCAAGAGUUCGACAAGCACCACCUCAUCAUCACAGCACAGCGACAGCAGACAGCUCGCUGAACCCAGCCAUUGGGACAGUCUGAACUCCCCCCUUAUCCAAGACGAAGGCGAUGGCAAAUCCCUCAAGCUCCGAUUUGAUGUUAGUCAGUACACCCCUGAAGAAAUCGUGGUGAAGACAGUCGACAACAAAUUAUUGGUUCACGCCAAACACGAAGAGAAGUCAGAGACAAAAUCAGUGUACAGAGAGUACAACAGAGAGUUUCUCCUGCCAAAAGGUACGAAUCCAGAGGCCAUCAAGUCUUCGCUGUCUCGGGACGGUGUGCUGACCGUGGAGGCGCCGCUGCCACAGCUCGCCAUCACCGACAGGAACAUCCCAAUCCAGAAGCAUUGAGGCGACCCUUUCAGCGGUCUUCGACAGCAGCUAUUCCAUACUACUGUUAAUUAAUAAUUUAUUAUAAUUUACAAUAAUUAUUACUAUAAGGAGUCUUGGAGAUCUUCAGAUAUUUAUUUUGAAUCUUAAUUGUAAUGAAUCUCAACGUAUUCUAACACAUAUGUUGUGUUGUUAUCGGUUUGACUUUUUAGAUUAUUCCAAGGUCAACUCCGCUGCAAGAUUGCGGAGCAAAUCGCAAUGUUUGCAUUAAUGUUGCUUUAGAGUCAAUGCUUUCACUGUGAUCGUUAGAAGAUUUUGCAUAUUAUCAUGGGUUUGUGCGACACUUGAUAUUCAAGCGGCAAGCUGAUAUUACACUGCACCGAGUUUUAAGUGUAUUCACGCGGUAUCAGUAUAUUUAUUUUUUAAGAAGCUAGGGCCUACGACCGCUUGAAGUGGAGCUUAUCGAACGUGUUCAAUGAUAAUAGUGCAAUUGGUACUUUGUGUACUUAUUAUGAAAUAUAAUAGGCUUAUUCAACAGUUAAGUGUCUUAAUGAUAACUUAUAAAAGUCCAAUUUAUUCUAACAUUAUUUUAUAGUUCAAAAUAACAAUAGCAUUAUAUUCAGUACACGGUGUUAACAGCUUUUAACUGAUACACGUUUAUAUUUUAGUACAAACAGUUGUUACGAAAGUUUUAGAUGUCAAUAAAUACAAGGAAAAAAUU